GAUGUGAACAGUUACAUCAAGGGUUCUCUCACAGGUCUACAUAGUCCUAGUUUAGAGUCUAAACACACAAAUUUAUCUGAGUAUAGAUCAGAGGGCAAUGUAAGAUUCUUAGGGAAAGUUGGAGGAGUAGGGUCAACUAUUGGUUCUGUUUCUUCGCCCUUCAUUCCUUCAUCAGACUUCUCCCCUCUACCUGUCAUGCGGACCAUGCAUUCUACACCUCCAGGAUUAUCGAGUCUGAACUCUAUGAUGAGGUUGCCAACAACCUCGUCUCAUGGAACUCAUGAACAACAGCCUUACUACAGUUUGCCCUCACCCGCUUAUGAGACUAUCGGUAACCAUCAUCAGUCUGAAGCAAUUGAGAGCUCUCAGUCUCACCUCUGCGAUAUUCUUAUGUUGGAGCGAAGCCUUGAAAAUGAGAUAAAUCAGCAUGGUCUACAUGAUUCUAACAAGCUGGACAUGCUGGAGAUUCCUGGAAAAGGAAGAUGCUAUGUGUAUCUAGCCAGGUACACAUACGAUCCCUUUGCACAGUCACAGAACGACAAUCCUGAGCAUGAGCUACCAUUGACAGCUGGUGAUUAUGUUCUUGUCUGGGGUGACAUAGACGAUGAUGGAUUCCUCGAAGGGGAACUUCUGGACGGCAGACGGGGUUAUGUUCCCUCAAACUAUAUUACUCGGUUGGUUGGAGAGGAUCUUAUGGAGUUCCAUCAAAGUGCUGUAGUAGGAGCUCAAGCUCCAGAGGAGGCUGAAGAUCAUUGGUCAACCUCCAUACCCCAGGAGCUUGCCCUAAGUAUGAGGGAUAUACCUGAGAGUAGAAUGAUUACACCGGAACCUCAUCUUAACAGCCUUCCUGGGGAAAACUGGGAUGAACAUCAGCAUCUCAUGCAUCCUAUGUUUAUGCAGUCUCCCGAUGAGAUAGAUUUACCUCCACUUGACCCUGAACUUAUGGACCAUCACCGACGAAGACAGGAGGAUGAUCUGCUAGAGCCCUCUGAUGCCGGUGCAGUUCCCCCUCCUAAACAACUUACGCUUGAAAGACAAUUAAACAAAAGUAUUCUUAUCGGUUGGAAUCCCCCUGACUGCCCCCCUGGAAUUAUUGAAAUGUAUCACGUAUAUGUUGACGGAUUUCUGAAGACCACUGUACGAGCUACAGACAAAACGAGGGCUUUAGUUGAAGGAGUAGAUAGUACAAAGCCGCACAGAAUCAGCGUAAGAUCAGUUACAAUCAACCGAAGAACAUCACGUGAUGCCGCCUGCACAAUGAUUAUUGGGAAGGAUGCUCCAUUAGGACCAAGUUGUGUCAAGGCUUCAAAUGUGACUUCUACAUCUGCCGUUAUAUCCUGGCUUCCAAGCAACUCAAAUUUCCAGCACACGGUUUCUGUGAAUGGUGUUGAGGUUAGAACUGUGAAACCUGGGGUUUAUAGACAUACAAUAGCAGGUUUGAACCCAAAUACACCCUACAAAGUUUCCAUUAGAGCUAAAAAUAUCAAAGCCUCUCCCUAUGUUGAUGAAAAAAGUUUAAUCCGCCUCUUGGAAAAACUCUCAGCGCACACAGAGUUCAGAACUCUUAACAAAGGUUUGCCUGAUCCUCCAAUGGAUGUUCGAGUGGAUUCAGGUCCUCAGGAUGGGACUAUUCUGGUAACAUGGAUCCCUGUCACGCUUAACACAAACAAUCCAAAGACCAAGACGGCUCCUGUUACUGGAUAUGCUGUGUUUGCUGACGGAAAACGAGUAACUGAUGUAGACUCUCCGUCAAGUGAUCAUGCCCUUGUAGAUCUUGCUUGCAUUGGACACUUUAACCCUAAAAAUAUUACUGUUAGGUCUAAAAGUCGUGAUCUCUUAUCACUGGACAGUUCUGCUGUUGGGGUUCCUUUAGCAACCAGAAGGGGGAAGAUUGGCGAGCGAGGAGGAAGGAUGGGGAACGGAUACAGGAUGGGUAGAGGAGCAGCCAGGAGGGGAGUCAGGAGGGACAUAUCCGGACAGAUGGUGAUAGAUCACGAUGAAGACAAUCUCAGUGACAAGGAAACAUUUAGUAAAAAUAUCCCGGCAAUAGAAAUAUCCCGUGAUUCAGCCUCCGAGGAGCUCUACAGUGACGAAGAACGCUAUGGAGGAGGUGGAGGACGUGGAGGUCGAGCAGCUAGUCUAGCACGACGGAGGGGUAGAGGAUAUAGUAGAGAACGAGGACAAAGCAGGAUAUUUGUUGCUCUGUUUGAUUACGACCCCCCGACCAUGUCUCCCAACCCUGAAGCGUGUGAUGAAGAACUUCCGUUUAGAGAGGGUCAGCUGAUAAAGAUAAUUGGUGAGAAAGACGCUGAUGGAUUCUACUGGGGGGAGUGUGGAGGUUUAUCUGGAUAUGUUCCUUGUAACAUGAUUUCUGAAGUACAAGUCGAUGAUGAACGUGUAGCUAGAGAAUUAUUAAAGGAUGAUCAGCGAAACCGAGGCCGGGGUGGAAUGCAACGAGAUCGGUGGGGAGAUAUCUACGCUAACACGCCAACAAAAAAGAUGAUCGCUCUUUAUGAUUAUGAUCCGUUAGAACUUUCACCUAAUGUGGACUCAGAGGUGGAACUGUCUUUCCGAACUGGAGAUAUAAUAACAGUGUUCGGGGAUAUGGAUGAUGACGGGUUCUAUAUGGCAGAGCUCAGGGGUCAUAGGGGUCUAGUUCCCAGCAACUUCCUGACGGAGGCCCCAGGACAAUACACCGGUGUUGGUGGGAUGGUCCAGGGCGGUAUGGCGCCCAGGCCGGGUAUGGCGGGAAUGCCCGGGAUGCCCGGAAUGAACCAGCAAGGCCAGGGCAGAUCAACGUUUAUGCAAAACGGAGGGAUAGUUGGUGGCCCUGGAAUGCCCCAAAUGGGUCAACCCCAGCAACCAGCACAACCCGCUAAAACUGGUUUGAUGGGAGGUCUCUUUGGUGGCAUAUCCAAGAUGACCGGUGUAGGAGCUGCGUCCACUGCAGCAGCUGCUUCUACUGCUGCCGCUCCUCCUGCUAUGUCCGGAAUGAACAUGAUGCAUCAACAGCAGCAGCAUCAGCAGCAACAUCAGCAACAACAGCAGCAGCAACAACAGCAGCAUCAUCAACAGGCAGCAGCCCCUCCUCCUGCUCUACCUCCCAUAGUAAACCUUGAUCAAAUACCAGGUCUGGAUGAUGAUAUACCGCAAGCUGUUAAGCCUCCGACAACUACCGCUGCUGAAGGCAGUUUUAUGGGAGGUCUAACCGGAGGUUUAACUGGUGGCCUCCAGUCUGGACUUGGCGGUUUGACCGGGGCGGCUAGCGGGGUCACCGGUAAACUUGGGGAUCUUGGUGGCAGUGCUACAGGAGCGGCGGGGAGUCUUUUAUCGGGCGGAAAGGGUCUUUUUAAAAAGUUUGGAUUUUAGAUAUUUUGAAACAUAUCCUUCUCUUUAUGCAUUGUUAUUAUCCUACGAUUUAUUUUUCUUCAUUUUGUUAUGAUUCAAGCAUAGAAAUUAAACUAAAUACAUUUUACACUUAUCCUU